UAAUUAAUGAUGAAGAUUACGUCCCUUGUGUAGCCGACAGACGGCACUAGUUUCCUCAUCAUGUCAACUGUACGUGGUAGCUGUCUGCUUGUGCUCAGUGCAUCAUCCCCAGGUGUUACAGCUCAGUCAUUUGUCCAAGCAUAUACUUUAGCAGCAACCAAUUUUACAGUCCAACUUGCAACUCCUGAAGGCAAACAGUCUGAAUUUAUUGAUCAAGAUGAACACAACCGGAGGUGGUUUAAUGAAUUUCGUUCAAAAUCGGCAUCAACUCCCAUAUCUCUAGAAUCUGUCGAUGCAAAUCGAUAUGCUGCUCUUCUCAUUCCACCUGCACCUGGUGCUGUUAAUGAUUUAGCACACAACAAAGAUCUUGCUGAUAUCCUGAACUAUUUCAUCCAGGAGAAAAAACCAAUCUGUGCCAUUGGUAUGGGUGUUGCAGGACUUUGUCCUGCAACACUGAAAACCAAAUCUAACAACAGCUACUGGAAUUUUCAAGAUUACAGCAUGACUGGACCUUCUGUGUUAGAGCUUGCUCGUAAUGCUGAUUUUGCAAAUUUACCCAUUGUACCUGAAGAUUUCAUUAAAGACAAUGGUGCCAGUUACAGCAGCAGUGAAUGUGAUGCUAUACACAUCAUUGUUGACCGACAUCUUGUUACUGGGCAGAAUGUCCAGUCAACCCUUAUAGCAGUUCAGAACCUGAUCUUACUAUGUAACCAGAAGUAAUUUAUAUCUCAUUUCUCAAAGAAUCAACCAAAAUCAUGAAACUCCUCUGAUUCCAUAUGGACUGUCUUUUCAUCAUUAUGUUUUCUAUACAAAAUUAUAAUUACUGGAAACCAAAAGUAUGUUUUAAAAAAUAUUAAUGCUGUUUUCACAAUACAGCCAUGUAUAUGAGUUUAUUUUUGAAGACAUAAAAUAUCUUAAUUAUCA